AUGAAGUGUUUCCCAAUCCUUUUGUUGAUCGGUGCUGUAGGCUACUUUAUGAACGUGCUGUUCACCACUUGGUUGCCUACCAACUACAUGUUUGAUCCAAAGACUUUGAACCAAAUAUGUAACUCGGUCAUCGCCAAACACAAUACAACAGCGGACGAUUUCUCCACUCAGGUCCUACUGCAAGACAUUAGAGACGCACUUGCCUCUCACUAUGGGGACGAAUACAUCAACAAGUACGUCGAUGAGGAAUGGGUCUUCAACAACGCUGGUGGUGCCAUGGGCCAAAUGAUCAUCCUCCAUGCAUCUGUAUCCGAGUACUUAAUCAUAUUCGGCACGGCUGUCGGCACAGAAGGUCACUCAGGUGUCCACUUCGCCGAUGACUACUUCACCAUCUUACAUGGCACUCAAACCGCCGCCUUGCCAUAUGCGACCGAGGCAGAAGUCUACACCCCUGGUAUGACCCAUCACUUGAAGAAGGGCUACUCCAAGCAAUACGGCAUGCCUGGUGGCUCCUUUGCCUUAGAAUUAGCUCAAGGCUGGAUCCCAUGCAUGCUGCCAUUCGGAUUCUUGGACACUUUCUCCAGUACCCUUGAUUUGUACACUUUAUACAGAACUGUCUACUUGACUGCCAGGGACAUGGGUAAGAAUUUGUUGCAAAACAAGAAGUUUUAA